AUGUGUUUCAUCACUUCGCACAUUAUUUAACCUUCCACCAAAUUCCCUUCUUUUAAAUAAAAUAGCGGAAUAUUGGUAAAAACAUAAUAGGUAACAGGUAAAUCACAUUCCUUUUUCAGGUCUAGUCAUUCUGACCAUAUUGUGGUGCACGAGGAAAAGGCAACCUAUAAUAACUGUCAAGAUGUUUCACUCCAAGCCACAGACGUCAACCUCAUGGCGGCGCUAGAGGAAGGCCCAGAGGCUCACCAAAGUCACUCUUACCUUACCUGGCUGUGUGUUUUGUUCAGACACACCCGGCUACUCCAUAUCAACCAAUCGCUGCUCCAAGACAGACGUACCGAGUAGGUGUACUUCCUGUGUUUCAUGAGAGAAGAAUGGGGCAGGAGAGAGUUGUGUACUAUUAUUUUGCCAGGGGGGGUCCACACAGAUCCGCGGUCCUGUCGGCGAUAGAGGGGAGGGAAAUGAAGUAGUGGACACACUUGGCAGACUUUUGUUUGAUUUAUGGGAGAUCUCCAUGUUGAGCAGCAGCGACUGAGAGGACAAGACUGAGAGCAGGAGGAGGGGAAAGAUAAGUGUCAAUCUGUUGAGACUUGUUUGAGAAUUUGAGGGAGGAGGGGAGGUGGAGAGAGACUGAGAGAGAGGCAGCAAGACGGAAAGCAAGGAGAGCUCAGGCGUAAACAUUCAGUUUUUCACAAGAGUUAAAGUAGUGAGAGAAAAAGAAAAAGGCAUUUCAGAUUUAUCUGAAAAGAAAGAAGCCGUUUCGUCACCUAGACAUUGUGAAUACAUGGAAUGAAUUCUUAUGGGUUGUGCAAUCCCAUGCUUUUGAGCUGAGCUGGACUGGAGGGAGGGAGGAACGGGGGUGGACUGGAUCUCCCCAGGAUACCACAUUCAGGUUCUCCAUAUUAUGGUACAAUGGGGACCAAAAGGCCCAGCUGCACCCUCUUUGACACUUUAUCUAACAUAAACACGUCUGACCGCAAGCUUCAGCCAGGUGGAAAAAUCUCCAGGGAUCCAAGUCCCAGGCCAGCGAUGACCGCCCAGUCGGAGCGAGAGAGAGACAGCAGCCGAGAGGAAGACUGGAGGAGGGAAAGAGAAAUGGAGAAAAUGAGAGACAAGACGAGAUACAAAGAUGUGGACCCACGAGAGAGACAUGAAAGAGCUACUGCACCCAGGGUGAGAGAGGGAGAAAGAGAGUGGAGGGAGAGAGAAAGGAGGCAAGAAGACGACAGAAGCAGAAACUGGCGGCCAGUGUCGACUCUAGAGAGCGGCGCCGACAGAGAGGUUGAAAGGGGAAUGAAGAAAGGCGACACAUUUCCCAGAAUGAGAAAAAGCAGCGCAGAACGUAACAGAAGAGUGAUGUCCAACACAGAGAUUGAUGAAGAAAAAGGAGAAAGGAGGCCGAGGGAUAGGCCGAGGCGACCAGAGGCAUAUGACUGGGAGAGAGAGAGAGGGAAGGCAGGGCAGAGAGAGAGGUACAGAGAGACAGAAAGGGAUGAGAUCCGAAGCAGGGGAAAGGAAGAGGGGAAAAAAAGGGGAGGACGAAUGGUAGAAGAUGAGAAAUUGCGACAGAGGGAAAGAUAUCAGGAGUCUGAUGCUUUUCAAGACAGGGGGAGAGAAGUGGGUGAUUCAUGGGAUAGAAGAGAAAGAAGAGAAAAACCAAGGCCUAACAUGGGCGAGAGGGAGGCCACAAUGCCAUCCCCACACAGGCGAAGAGACAGAGAGAUCUACUCAGAUAGGAAGGAGAGGGAAGAGGUUGGGAGGAGAGAGGGAAGGAGGGACACCAGGAGUGAAGGAGACAGUGAUGAGAGAGAGUUUAGGAGGGAAAGAGUGAGGGACAGAGAGGGGGAGGAGUUGAUAUAUCAACACAGCAGAAGUGAGGGGGACGACAUGGGCAAGAGAGAUCAAAAUAGGCAGGGGUAUAGGGAGGAGGACAGGCAGAGAUACAGGGACAGGGACAGAGAGCGAGAAGUGGAUAGAUCCAGGAGGAGGGGAGUGGAGAAAGAUAGGGAGAGGUACAGAGAGGCUGAAAGGAGAACAGCAAGGGAGGCAGAGAGGGAGGGAGGGAGGCGGAAGGAGAGUGGGGGAGACUUGAGAGCGUGGUCAAAUGACAGGAGGGAGGGUGACAGGUACAAAGAGUACGAGCAGAGGGGAAACAAGGAAAGAAAGGAAAGAGAGGCUGAUCGUAGGUGGGAUGAUACAACAGGCAGAAGCAGCCGAUCCCUGAACAGGACAGCUCCAAGGGUGCCACCACGAUCCCAGAGCAGUGGAGAGUGGAGCAGCGACGUGGACAGUGAGACGAGAUAUAGAAGAGGUAAAGACAGUUAUGAGGAGCGGGAAUCCGGGAGAGAGAGAACCACUGAGAGCAAAAGAGACGCAGAGGAACAGAGAGAUCGAGAGAGAGCUGCUGAAAGAAGUCAAAGGGAGCAAAAGAGGGGUGACAGACAAGAGAGAGAUAGAGGAAAAAUGACAGGCAGCGUGCCAGGGCAGAGAAGGAUGUGGUUAGAGCCGCAGAGGGGUAAGAAUAGUAAGGAAGAAUUUCUAGACAGAGACAAACAUACAAGACGGAAAGAGAGGAGGAGAGAAGAAGAGAGGAGUAUGGAGUCAGAGGCUGAAUGGGGAAGAGAAGGACAGCCAGUAAAAGAGGAACCAAACGAGAGGUACUUGGACCAAAGCGGUUACAGACAAAGACAUGCUGGGAGAAAUGAGUACAGGGGAAACAUGGAGAGGGAGACAGAGGGCGUAAGUGUACAUGUAGAUGAGGUCUGGAGAGAGACAGAUAAGAGAGGGAAGACACAUCUGUCUGACAGCAGCGGUGGCAUAGAGGGAAGCCGGCAGAGAGAUGCAGAGGGAGAGAACAUGACAGAUAAUACAGAGGAGAGUGACAGAGAGGAAGAGGGUGGGAUCAAUUAUUUGGCCGGCUCCGAGAAAGAAGGAGGAAGUACGUCGGGGUGGAAGCAAGAGAGAGACAGUAUGCUGUCGGUAGAGGACGGCUUUGUGACCGUGUCCAGUGGCGGAGACGAGGAGGAGGAGAGAGACGAAGAGGGAGAUGAGGAGUUUGAGGACUGUCAGGAGUUCUUGGAAGGUGGAGUUGCGUAUGACGACUCCUCACAUGUUGGCUUCAAGGGGUGUGAGGGAGAUGAGGAGAGGGAAAGGACAGGGGGCAAGGAGGAGGCGGUUGAUGAGGAGGAACAAGAGAAGGAAAAGCAGACGCAGUACAUCUUCUAUGUGACUGGACAAACUUUGCCCAAGUCAAAACCGGACGAUGUGUCACCAUCACAAGUUGAACCGAUGCGAGGUGUGGAAAGAGAUAAUGCAAAUUUAAAAAGUUCUCAUCACUGUAGCGAUGAUGUCACACAGCGACCUAUGGAUGACCUGCAUCUGACACUGAGUAGAAAUGAUGAAUACCUGAUCAUCAACAACCAGAACACAAAAGGCCAAAGUGAGCAUGACACACCAAGGGAGGAGAGGGUCACUGUAGGAGAAACAGCUGAAGCAGAUGUCAGUCACGGAGCGUCUUCAGAGCUUCAAGGCACAGAGACUGGAGAGGGAAUGAAGAGCAAAGCGGAGCACCCAUAUGAUGAAAUAGGAUCGGUUAAAAGGGACUCACAGACUGAAAGACUCCUCGUAGAGUGGAGAGAGAAAAAUAAAGAACUGGCUGAAAGAAGAAUGGAGCAACCUCCUCUGGGCCUGAGGAAUCCCUAUGCUGAUGUUUGUUCUCAGGCUGAUUUGGAACAAAUUCAACCCAUCUUGGAUGGGAUAAACACCGGAGUAAUGAGUCCAGAAGAGGUGGAAGCCAUUCGAAUCCGACUGAGUGGAGCGUGGAGCAUGUCCGAGGAGACCAAGCGGCAUUCCCAAGCCCCCCACCUAAAAUGGGCCAAAAAUGUGGUCCGCGAGAUCCUGGGACACUCGGAGGAACAGACUGUUGAUGAACCAAACUCGGAGGAACAAGGAGGCCACGUGGUCAACCAGUCCGAGAUGACGAUCCAGGACGACAAACAGCAGGAGGAGGUUUCACAGGGGACCGGAGAGAUUGCUGGCGUUAAGUUGACAAGGAUCGAACGGCACUCCGAGCCAGAGCUGGAGGACGAAGAGCCGCUGGUGGUGGAGGGACUGAGAGGUAUGGGGCAGAGCCAAGCUGACAUGCAUGCUGACCAGUUCACAGCUAUGCAUGGUGACACACCCACACACACUCACGCUGACACACUGUUAGACACAGAAGGGAAGGAGGAUCACAAUACGGACAAAGAGACUGAGCCUCCUGGUCGCCUUCAGUUAGAAAAGGUGGAUACAGAGGUUGAAGUUACUCAAGAGGGAGGCGAUAUGGUCACGUUAUCAGAAAUAGAGAAAGAAGUGAGCGGAGAAGAAGAAGUGGAGAUGUAUUUAUCUGUGAGCAACACGCUGUACAAGCCUAACAGCUGCCCCAUUCUUAAUUAUGAAUCUGAUGCUGACCUCCUCACGCCCUCCAGAGAGGGUGAGAGCCAGGAGGAGGAAGACAGAAUGGGUGAGAGUGAAGAGGAAAGGCAGGGAGAGGAGCCUGAGGAGAGGGGUGCCGCAGUGGAGGAGGGAAACGCAAGAGUGGGAGAAGAAAUAGAAGUGGAAAGCAGAGAGGGAGAGGAGGUGGCAGAGAGGCAAAUAGAAGGAGGGACUCUGACGAGCACCUGCAGUUUCCGAGAUUUGGGUCCUGAGGCUCGAAUACGAAGGAGGGGAAUCCGUAAAACCACUGAAAGAAGAAGAAAUGGAGAGCUUGUAGAAGAGGAAGAAGAGGAAGGUGUUGGAAGGGAUCGCAGAACCAGAAUAUUCUCUACAACAGAUGAUGAAGAUGAUCGCAGCAAAAGCUGGGGAGAAGUGGAGCUGAGGAAUGUUUUGGACACAAUCGAAAGAAGGAAAAGGAAUUCAAGGUUUUUCAAUGCUGCCCAGCUCUACCAGCAGUACAGUGAGGCGGCACAGAACUUUGAGAUCCUCCGUCAGUCUCGCUCUGAUGUGCUGUCUGUGUGCGAGGACAGUACCUCCUCUCCUGCUCCCUCGCCUCCUCCUGCCCGCAGACCUCUACCUCCCAUACCUCCUGUCCCACACCCCCACUCCUUGGCCCACACCGGCUCUAUCACCAGUAUCAAAAGCUUGCCUCUUCCUGAGCCCCCCAAGAGUGAAGGCAGGCCUUCCUCUCCACGUCUAUCCAUCUCGCUCACACAGUCGUCCACACUGUGGCGUGACCUGCCGGGGGUCAGGAACAGCGGUGAGCUGGAGGAGCUCACGGAGGACCAGAGGCGACUGCAAGAGGUGAGAUUUGAAGUACUUACCUCAGAGGCCUCCUACUGCCGGAGUUUGGACAUUGUUGUUGAGCACUUUGUCAAGUCAAAACAGCUGGGGGCGCUGCUGACCACUCAAGAUAGAAACUGGCUGUUUUCCCGGCUGGCCGAUGUCCGUGCCAUCAGCCACAGUUUUUUGUCAAAGCUGGAGGAGAGGGUGGAAUCGGACAUUGUGCACUUCGCCGUGUGUGAUAUCAUCGCUCGACACUGUCAGCGCUUCAGAAUGGUUUAUGUGCCGUACCUCACCAACCAGUCCUAUCAGGAUGCAACCUACCAGAGACUCAUGAAUGAGAAUCCCGGGUUCAAGCGGAUUGUGGAGAAAUUAGAGAGGAGUCCUGUUUGUCAGAGACUCCCUCUUCGUUCCUUCCUUGUCCUUCCUUUUCAAAGGAUCACAAGAAUAAAGCUGUUGGUCCAGAACAUCGUGAAGAGAACAACUCCAGGGACUGCGGAGGCGCUGCAGGCCAUCAAAGCUUUGAAACUUCUGGAGAAGCUGAUUCAAGAGAGUAAUGACAGCAUCUCUCAGAUGAAAAGCAUCGAGUCCUUGGUCUCUCUUAGUGCUAAGGUGGACUUUGAUUGCAGGACUCUCCCUCUGAUCAGUCAGUCUCGGAGGUUGGUGCGAGAAGGAGCGGUCACUGAGCUGAUGGAUUUCUCUCUGAAAGAGACAGAGAGGAGCGUUUACUUGCACCUAUUCAAUGACUACUUGCUACUUUCACUACAAAAAGAAGGGGGAAGAUUCACAGUAAUUGACCACUCACCUAUAUCAGACCUGCGUGUAGAGAACUGCCGCGUCAAACUUCAUUCGUUACAGAAGAACCUGUUCCGGCUCCACAUGUUCCAGAAAUCCCUGCUGCUAAGGACUGACACACAGAGUGAUAAGCUACGUUGGAUAUCUGCUCUAUCCCAGCCACAUCCUGAAAUAGAUUUUUCUGCAGCUCAAGAUUUUCCACAGAUGCAGUGUAUUCGAGCUUUUGUUGCCCAGCAGCCUGAUGAGUUGUCCUUAGAGAAAGCUGAUGUCAUUCUAGUACACCAACAAAGCAGUGACCAUUGGGUGGAGGGGACCAGACUGUCUGAUCGACAUCAUGGAUGGGUGCCCAAUUCCCAUUUGGAAACCAUAAGCAACUCUAAAAUCCGACAACGCAACCUGUCAGAUGCGCUCAGACUUACAACUGCCACAGCUGCUGUUUGAUCAGGAUACUCAAGAGUGGGACUAAACAGAGGAAUGCACAGUAAAGAUAUUGCUGUCUGCUUCAAACUUCUGGAAACUGGACAAUGGACAUUCAGUGAACCAAGAGUGCAGCUGCUGAAAUGCUGUAAGAAUGCAUCUCCAUGUAGCAUAACCUGGAACAAAUAUAAUGCCAUAGAGCAAUGGAUGAACUGCUGAGGCCUAACUGAAAGACAUGAACGGUGUUGUGACUGUGUUAACAGUCGUCUAUGUAAUAACUUUGUGUGUAACAUAAAAUAAUCAAUGGACAGGUGUUUUUACAAAGGGAUAUUGUCUUUUUCCAUUUCAUUUUCCUUUUUAUUUUUGGAAAAUUAUUUGUGUAUACUGAACAGAAUCUAAUAGAUAAUUUUAUGAUGCAUGUCUAUUGAAAAUUGGGCCCCUGCAUGCAGGAGAGCUGACGGAAAUAACGCAAAAUGCACAAUUCAAAGAUGUACAGAGCUUUGUAGGUUACACAUUCAGGACAUUUCAAUAAACUCAGAAUGGUGGAAUAAGAAUCACUGUUGAAUAUAA